AUGGCGAAUCAAGUAAAUUCUGUUGUUAAUGCGCCUGUCGCGCAUCGACUGAGAGACAUUCAAAGGCCAGUAGUGGUAAACAAUCCUUCAUGCAUCCGAAUCACGGAUGAAGCUCGGAACUAUGAGCUUAAAACAAUUGAUCUCAAUAUGUUGCCUCAAUUCAAUGGAACAGCGGUCGAUGACCCUUUGGCAUUCAUCAAAGAAUUCUACAGUGUGGUGGAAACUUUUCCAUUGAAUAGAUUGACAGAGGAGGAACUAAGGAAAAGAUGUUUUCCUUAUUGCAUGAAGUUGAGUGCGAGAACUUGGCUUUUGAACUUGCCUGAAGGGUCAUUCAGUACGUGGGAAGAAGUGUAUGAUGCUUUCAUCACAAAAUAUUAUUCCCCGCAAAAGACUCUUGAUCUUCGCGGCAAGAUCUAUAAUUUCACUCAAUUGGAUGGCGAACCAUUCCAUGAGGCGUGGGAACGCUUCAAGAUGCUCCUUGCUCAAUGCCCACACCAUUGCUUUGAUGAGUUAUUAUUAACUCAAAUGUUCUUUGAGGGAUUGACUAUGAGUGGGCAAACUUUAGUCGAAACGGCAUCCGAAGGAAGUUAUGGAGAAAAGACGGCAGCUGAAAUAAAUCAAAUCUAUGAGAAUGUUGCUUUGAAUUCUCAACAAAGGGCUAUUACAGGACGAAGGGCAGCCGUACAUGAGGUAUCUUCACAACAUGACAUUGUAUCAGAAGUUGCUGAGCUAACUAAGCAAGUGAAGAUGCUGUUUAGCCAAAAUCAGCAAUCAACAGAGACUUGUGCUGUCUGUGGCAUCCAGGGGCAUAUUGCAACUUCUUGCAAUUAUGCCAACGAAGUUCAAUCACAGGAAGCCAAUUUCGUUAGCUACAAUCAAAACAGACAACCAAGGAAUGAUCCUUACUCAAAUACAUAUAAUGCAGGGUGGCGGAAUCAUCCAAAUUUUUCAUGGAGAGAUGGAACAACGCUAAACCACAAGGACCACCUGGAUUUCAACAAAAUAGACCGGCACCUCCACCCCCACAACAAGAAAAGAAACCAUCUCUCGAAGAUAUGA